AGACGCAAAUAGAGGUGAAGUAAACACAGGCAGAAAAGGGAAACAAAAUCAGCAAGAAAGUUUCUGUUCGUGCCCCGUUCCUACGGAGAACGAGUAUGGUAAUGGGUGAUAAAGGAGGAGGAACAGAGGCGCAGCAGUACGUGUGGGGAGGCGCGAUACCGCUUCAGAUUCAUCUCCACGAUUCCGAAGUGACCACGCUCCCACCUCCUCCCCCUGCUUUGAUCUUGGCUCCUCGGAUUGGGUACUUGCCUCUGUUAGUACCUCAGAUUAAGCCAUUCUUUAGCAGUUCUCUUCCUCCGGGAGUUGAUACGGUGUGGUUUGAGUACAAAGGUUUGCCGCUCAAAUGGUACAUACCUACAGGGGUGCUUUUUGAUCUUCUGUGUGCUGAACCAGAGAGGCCUUGGAACUUAACUAUACAUUUCAGAGGAUAUCCUGGAAAUAUAUUGACCCCUUGCGAGAGUGAAGACAGUAUAAAAUGGAGCUUUAUAAAUGCCCUGAAAGAGGCAGCAUAUAUUAUAAAUGGAAAUUGCAAGAAUAUCAUGAAUAUGUCUCAACCUGAUCAAGCAGAACUUUGGCGGUCUGUCUUAAAUGGUCAGCUGGAAGUUUACCUCCGUGUUUCUUCCAAACUUAAACUUGACAUCGUUGGAGAUGACUUUUCUCUCAAAUUGAACUCUUCCACAUCAAAGUCUAACCAAGGAGUUAAUGACUUGGAUGCCACUGGAACAACAAGGACAGGUAGAGUUCCCGUUCGGUUAUACAUACGGACUAUUGAUGAAGAUACUGAUGAUUUAGAAGAUGCGCCUGCUAUUGGUAGCUGGGAAAAAGUUUCUUACAUAAAUCGUCCUGUUGAAGUUCACAGUGAAGGAAAAUGCUUUACUCUGAAUGAUGCAUUAAAAGUUCUGUUGCCCGAGCUAUUCACAGAAGCGUCCUCGACAAAUGCUCACACAUCUGGAGCGGAAGUAGAGGGUGGACAGAGAUCAGAUGGAGACAGCUCAAGAAGCCCUGGGGAAACCGGGGCAGCAUCAAACGAACAUUCACAGUUACCAUCCGACGGUGCUGAGAUCAAGCUUGUUCGCAUUCAGGGAAUCAAGCCGCAGCUGGAAAUUCCAUUCAGCUGGGUAGUGAACAACUUGAUGAACCCUGAUCACUAUCUUCAUAUCUGUGUAUAUGUCAAAGUUCUUGAACCAAUCACCAUAUGAUAAAUAGCCCUCUGAAUUUCUUUAGCAUGCAGGAAAUAUAUGACCUAUUGUGUAGAAAAUGUACAGAACAGUCAUUGUGGUUCAUCUUAUCAAUUAUAAUGCAUUCAACUGAUUUUGGAAUAAAUUAAUAUCAAGGAAACAGUGUAUAUGCAUU